AACUUUCUUUUGACUGGGGACUUUGGACAGGCAGCAUUGUUGUUCCAAAGGCUCAGGGUCUGAGGGGAGGGGGAUGGGGUCAAGGUCCCCUCCAAGGGCUUGCUUCCCUUCCCUUCGGGAGCACCCCCCCUGGUGGUUGGCCAUGAGCUAUCCCCAGGCUCGGGUUCAGGGUCCUAGCGGAGGUGGUGACGGUGGUGGGGAUGGUUUGGUUUCCCACCGUGCUGCUGCUGAAUUAAAGGGGGGAAGUGCUUUAUCAAUGGGAACCAGGGCUCUUUCCUGCUGGAAAGCUACUUCGCAGCCAUAAGCAGCACUAGAAGGGCGCACUGCGCUUGUCCUUCCGUUAUUACAAGCGCUGUGCCCAAACGACUGGGCUUCAUCCGCUUCACAAGCCGAGAGCAUGCUCAAUAAAUGCUUGUUUCCUUCCCUUUUCAUUCUGUCGGGACGCUCCCGCCCUCUCCACCACACCCAAGAUGGCGGCUGCGGUGUCCACGGCCGGCGGCCUCCAAGAUGGCCGCUUGCGCAGCCAGCCCCGCCCCUUGCUUUCCGCUGCCGGAGGCCGGGGAGCGAGCUCGGGCUUGGAUCCUUAUGACGUGGCCACGCCUGAGUUCUGGCUGGUCGUGGUGGCGGCGCCUGCGCCUGCGCCUCGCCGCCGCCAUGCGGCUCCUCCUGCGGUGGUCCCUAUUGCUGGGGGCUCUGGGGCCUGUGACCCGCGCCCUGUUUGAGGAAAGUGAAGGCUCAUUGUCUGAACAGCAGGGACAUGCUGAAACUGAAGUACCUCUCAAUCCAGAUGCUGUCCAUUUAAGUAAUGAAGAACACGAACUUGGGCAGACAGAACAGUACAACACUGACGAAAUAGCUUAUGUAGCCCUGGGAAAUGAAGUGAAUGGUGAUCGUUUAAUGUCUGUGAUUCCAGGAGAGGCAAAAGACAGGCACAUUUCAGACCGUGAUACUGGCAUGGAUGCUGGAGUUGAAGGCUCUAAAUGCAAUAUCCGAGAGAGCCUUUUUUCUCUAAUUACCUCUGAAGCAAAUAUUCCUGAUAAGGGAGAAGAAUAUAAUGUGGUUCUUGAAGCUGUGCCCACAAGUCCACCACCUAAAGAGGACUCUAAUAGUACAGAGAAUAUAAAAACCCCAAAGGUGAAUUGUGAGGAGAGAAAUGUUACUGGCUUAGAAAAUUUCACUUUGCAAAUUCUAAAUGUUUCACAGGACCUGAUGGAAUUUCUAAACCCAAACAGUAGUGAUUGUACCUUAGUCUUAUUUUACACCCCUUGGUGUCGCUUUUCUGCCAGUCUGGCUCCGCAUUUUAAUUCUUUACCACGAGCAUUUCCAUCUCUUCAUUUUUUGGCAUUGGAUGCUUCUCAGCACAGCAGUUUGUCUACCAGAUUUGGCACUGUGGCUGUUCCCAACAUCUUGUUAUUUCAAGGAGCUAAGCCAAUGGCAAGAUUUAAUCAUACAGAUCGGACAUUGGAAACUCUCAAAGCCUUCAUUUUUAAUCAAACAGGGAUAGAAGCCAAGAAUGAUGUGGUAGUGACUGAAGAUGACCAAAUAGGCCCUCUUCCCAGCACUUUGGUGAAAAGUGUGGAUUGGUUGCUUGUAUUUUCCUUAUUCUUUUUAGUUAGUUUUAUUAUGUAUGCUACUGUUCGGACUGAAAGUAUUCGAUGGCUAAUUCCAGGACAAGAACAUGAGCAUCCAGAGUAAUAGCAGACUGAAAGAUGAAAUUAGAAAGAUUAAUUUAAAUCUUUGCUUUCAGAAACUUGUGCUGAAAUUCCAUUGUUUUCUACAUAUUAUAUUUUAACUUAGGUUAAAAUAAUUUUGCAUUUGAGCUGAGUGUGCAAAAAAUAAAAAAGGACCACACACUAGUGUUGUAUACUAGUGUUUCAAUAAACAUGAAAAGAUUCAGAAAAAUUAGUUGUUUUUUUUAGUGCUUGGACUUAAAAUUUCAAGGAACUUGGCUUUAAAUGUGAAAAACUUGUGUAUACAGAGGCAAAUGAGCACAGUAAUGUAGUGUUUGACAAACCUAAAGAUCCCAACUACUGGGGCAAGAACUUAUUAUUUGACAAAAAAUGUUAGGAAAAGUGGAAAACAGUUUCACAGAAACUAAGCAUAGAGUAGACCAACAUUUCACACUGUAUAUACCAAAACAAGCUCAAAAUGAUAUAUGAUUUAGAUAGAUGCUAUCAUAAGCAAAAUAGUGGCGUAUGGAAGAAAUUACCUGUUGAAUCUGUGGAUAGGGGAAGCAUUCAUGACCAAAGAAGAGAGGUUCAAGAGGUUCAUAGGAAGUAAAAUGACUAGUUUUGAUUAUAUAAAACUAAAUAGAUUUUGCACAAA